UCGAGGGACACCACCACCGCGCCGUGCAACGAGACUGGCCGCGACGAGAUUCGUCCAUCGAAUCCCCCAUUCCCCUUCAACAUGAGCGCGGCAGAGGAGGAGCAGAGGUCAUCCGCAACCGGCGGGGAGGAGGAGAGGCGCGGCGGCGGUCUGGUGUCAGGCCUGGUGGAUAAGGCCAAGGGGUUCGUGGCGGAGAAGGUGGCGAAGAUCCCCAAGCCCGAGGCGUCGUUGGAGCGCGUCUCCUUCCAGAGCGUCAGCCGCCAGGGCAUCGAGCUGCAUAGCCACAUCGAUGUCAACAACCCCUACUCGCAUCGCAUCCCCAUCUGCGAGGUCACCUACACCUUCAAGAGCGCCGGCAAGGUGAUCGCGUCGGGCACGAUGCUCGACCCCGGGUGGAUCGCGGCGAGCGGCAGCACCAAGUUGGAGCUGCCGGUGAAGGUGCCGUACGACUUCAUCGUGUCGCUGAUGAAGGAUCUGGGCGGGGACUGGGACAUCGACUAUGUGCUGGAGGUCGGCCUCACCAUUGACCUCCCGGUCAUCGGCACGUUCACCAUCCCGCUCACCACCGAGGGCGAGAUGAAGCUCCCCACCUUCCGGGACCUGUUCUGAUGAUUAAAGUAAUACAUUCAUCAAAUGUCUCGUGGACGAAUGUUCCCCCCCCCCCCCCCCACCCCCACCCCCUCGUCUUAAUUUAGUGCUAGAUGCAUG